GGGACAUCCUGUGCCAAGGGUCUUGGUUCUUUCAAAUCCAAUUUAAAUCCAGUCAACUCAUUUCAAUCCCUUUUUUUUCUUCUCGGCACUUCCUCCUCCGAUCCCCUCUUUCUCUUCCUUCCUUUGUUCCUCCUCCUCGGUCCCCGCGUUGUCCUCUCGGACCAGAUAUCUAGGGCAACCCAGCCACUCGCAAUACCGGAGUUAAGCCACCCGCACCCUAAAACCAUCUACCGCCAGACCGCAUCGACUCCAAAGGUCUCCUCCACAACACUCUCACCACUCCUCAACCACCUCCUAUAACCCGCCAAAAUGUCCUACAACAAGCCCGACGGACCACCUCCCUCCUAUCCCGCGCCCGUCCACGACGCAGGGCCUUACUACCCUCCCCAAGGCGCCCAGGGAGCCCAGGGAGACUACUACAACCAAGGCGGAUACCCUCCUCAGAACUACGGUCCACCCCCACAGCAGGGCUACUACGGCUCUCCGCCGCCCCAGGGCCAACAACCCAUGUACUACCCGCCGCAGCAAGGGUACCCGCAGCAGGGGUACUACGCCGAUGACCGCGGCGGUGGUGGAUCCUCGGGCGGUGGUAUUUGCGCCGGUAUCAUGGCUGCGCUGGCCUGCUGUUGUUGCUUGGAUAUUCUGUUUUAGAUUGCGCCUUUGCCCUUCGUUUUUAUACGCUACUGCGGUUUUGACCGGGUUCCUUUCGUUUUUUGGCGCCGGAAAGGAGUUGGUUUCGUUCAUGGUGUACGGGUUUGUCUUACUUGCUUGUUCGACUUUGAAUGGGUGUCUGUCGCAUUUGAUGGUCGGUGGUUAAUCACAUCACUUGUUGGUAUUCGCUAUCGUUAUCGUGAUAUAUUACUUAUGCGUAUGCUAUAUUAUAUCAUGGUCAUGGUUAUGGUCAUGAUCAUACAUAAUCAUGGUGUUCAACUUGAA